UAUAAUUUUUUUCCUAACGUUAAGAUUUGGUUCAGAGUCCUCAAUUUGUUAAAUUAAGAUCUAAACUUUCAAACUGGCAUAUCAUUAUCAGUGAAGAAAAUAUUUAAGAAAAGUUGGACAUCAUCUUCAUGAAAAUGCAAGAACCGGUAGCAUCCAUCAUGCUGAAGCCUAAAGCACUAACGCAGGUUCUAAGCCAGGCAAAUACUGGUGGUGUGGAAACAACUUUACUGCUCAAUACAGAAGGAUCUCUGUUGGCUUAUAGCGGAUACGGAGACAAGGAUGCAAGAGUAACAGCAGCUAUAGCAAGUAAUAUUUGGGGUGCUUAUGAAAAAAAUGGCCGCAAUGCUUUUCGAGAAGAUCACCCCCAAAUUAUCCUGAUGGAGUGCCUGGAAGGACGCAUUGCCAUAACACAAGUUGCAAAUGUUUUACUCUGUUUGUAUGCUAGAAAUGCUACUGGUUUUGGAAUGCUUAAACGGAAAGCAAGUGCAUUGGCUUUGUAUUUGGAAGGUCCUUUAAAACAGGUGGCUUCUUCAGAUAGAUGAGAUAUAUCCAUAUCGAUUGUGAAGUUGAACAAUAGUGCUUAAGUUCAAUCUUCUUUUAGGUACAAAGGUGAUAUUUCUUUAUUAUGGAUAUUUGUGUGAUAAAAUUCAAAUAUUUAUUACUGAA